CCUGAAGAGACCCACCUCUUUGUUAUUCUGCCACCUCCCCUCCACCCCAAUCAAUAAAUCCACAGAUUUGGUGCUGGGGGUUCCCUCUCUUUCUGUCAGGCUUUCCUCUCUCACUUCAGUGAAGCAGGAGAAGAAAACAACUAUAACCCUCCACCCACCCACCUCGACACUAGGAUUCCUCAAGUCCUGUUUUCUCAGAACUGCUUUCUUUUCCAUUACUGCAUCGCCCUGGUAACCAAAUCAAACACUCCCAGGCCGCCCAGGAGAGCAAAUUGUGUUUACUUAGUCACCUUGAAGGACAAGGCAGGGAAGGACAGAUCAGAAGCCAGGAGCUCCACAGCAGGCCCUGGGAUCCUGGACGGAGGGCACGGGCUGUGAAUCCCUGAGGAGGAACUCUCCCUCGGAAACAAGAUGAUCUCUUACUUAACAAACGGGCCAGCCUGGGGUCAGAGGUGCCAAUGGGGAGAUGUGUCCCCUGAGACCAACCUGGGGGGAAGGAGAUGAUACAGAUUGAUCACCAGGAGCCGAGCUGGGUCCAGCCUCCAUUCACCUGAAGAAUCCUCUUCCACUGCCCAUCUUGGAGCAUCCGUGAUUAGCAGGAGGAAUCCUCUUUGCAUGGUCGUUUUACUCCAUGCUGUCUUCAGGAUGCCAUUGAGUAUUUCUGGAACAGAGUGAGCGAUGAAGAACUGCAGGUUCUGCUGACUGAUGAUGAGGCCUGGGAGACUUUUGUGGUAGAGGCCGAUUGGUCCAGGUGACCUCCAUGGGGAGCCCCAGGAAUGUCACCCCAAUCUCCCCUCAGGGAUAGUUUCCUUCUGGCAGGACCACAGGACUCUGACUUGUCUCAGGAGCAAGCCGAAGUGAAGUGAGUACCUUUCCUGAGAGAGCAGACUGCAGAGCCCAGGAGACAGAGAAACACAUUGGGGUGAAGCAACACCUUGUUCCAGCCUGAACGCAGACUGGUGAGCUGUCAGAGAAAACUCUGAGAUCCUGCUGCUGACACCAUGACCUCAGAAGCCUGCGGGGUCAUCCCAGAGACCAAAAUCUUUCUUGACAAUGCCAUUGAGUUUUUCCAGGACGCAGUGAGCAACGAGAUCCUGCAGCUCCUGCUGACAGAUGAGGAAGCUUGGAAGGGACUUGUGGCUAAGGCUGGUUUGUCCAGGGAUGAGGCAGAUGCACUACGUGAAGGUCUGAACGAGCUGAACACAGACAUGGCCAUGGAAGAGAAACACAUGAUCGAAAAAGACCAACUGUACAGGAAGAAGUUCAUGGACGAGUUUCCUCGAGUGAAACAGGAGCUUGAGGAACGCAUAGGAAAGCUCCACGCACUUGCAGACAAGGUUGACAAGGUGCACAGGGACUGCACCAUCUCCAACGUGGUGGCAGCCUCCACUGGCACUGUGUCUGGCAUCCUGACCAUCCUUGGCCUGGCUCUGACACCCGUGACAGCAGGGGUCAGUCUGGCACUCUCGGCAACUGGGAUAGGGCUGGGAGCAGCAGCUGCUGUGACCGGUGUGUCCACCAACAUUGUGGACUACUCAAGCAAGUUGUCAGCAAAAGCUGAAGCCAGUCGCCUGACAUCAAUUGACAGUGACAAAGAGAUGCUCAAGGAAUCUCUACGUCACAAUGCACCACAUAUUGGCAUGGAAACUAUUGGGAAGAACCUCCGUGCCAUCAAGCUAGGCAAACCCAAACCUCACUUAGUAUCCCCUGCUGUGGGCCUCGUGACCGUUGGGACAGUCUCGGUCCAAAGCAUCAAGCAGGUACAGAAAAGUUUUGGAGGUACUGCUCUGGCAAUGGCCAAAGGAGCCCGGAUUAUGGGUGCGGCCACUGCAGGUGUCUUCCUUCUGAUGGAUGUGAUCAACCUUGUGGAAGAGUCACUUCAUUUGCAUGAGGGGGCAAAGGCAGAGUCGGCUGAAGGGCUGAGGCAGCAGGCUCAGGAGAUGGAGAGGGUGUUGGAGGAGCUCACCCUGAUCCAUGAGAGGCUGCAGCAAGGCCUCACUCCACAACCCCCAGAGGAGUGCGGGGAGCAAGGACAGGUGUGAGACAAAGGCAUGGAGGUACCUUUAUAGAGGGCAAAACAGGGUGAGAUAAAGUUUCUGGGGCUGGGUGUUAAGGACUUUGGCGUUUCUGUAGCUCAACACAGCAAGGGAGGUGUUAAUGCAGAUGGCAGGUGGCUCAAAAAGAAGGAAGGGAUGUGGAGCCUGGAAUAAGGGAGGAGAGGGGAUUGGGAGUCAGGGGAAUGGGGAGAAACUAUUUUGGACUAAAGAAGACACUGGGGGCAAUGAUAGAGAAGUGUAGAGGAACAAGCAAUGAGAAGGCUAGGAAUACUAAGGAGUGGAAAACAGGAGAAAGCUAGAGAGUUAGAAUUGAUGGAAUAUGGAGAAGUAACAUGGCUCCUCUAUUGACCCUCCCCAUGCUUUGAUAUCCCAGCAAGAAUGGAGUCUUUUCCUGGUGGCACUCUUUAGCCGUACCUUUUCAUGAUCAACUCACCCUUUCCUUCCAGCAUGUUCAUCUUAGUUAGGCAAUGACUUCUUGAUGAUGACAGUGAUGAUGAUUGUGGUGAUGAUACUGAUGAUAGCCAUGGUGGUGAUGAGAGCAGAGUAAGUGGAACAUUUGCCAAGUCACUGGUGCUUUUUGGGGCCAGGGUGCACUGAGAGAUCAAUAACAUUCCAAUGAAAUUGCAAAUGCUAUAUUGGAACAGUGGUUGAUUUAGAAAAGAAAAGAAAAGUGAAACCAGAUGCCAGUAUCACGUCAAGGAACCUUGUGAUGUGUCAAGGAGAUCAACCAGCUUGGAGUCAAGAGACACAGCCUCUCUGAGCCUCAGUUUCCUCCUCAGUUGUGGGGGGGGCGUUGCUGGACAAGAUAAUAUUUCAGAUCUGUCUGUUCUCCCUGUCUUGUGUUCUAUAGACUGGUUCAAUAAAUAUGGACUGAUACACUGA